AUGGAUGAUAGCAUCCCGCUUUAUAGGACCUACAUUUUCCCUGACUUCCGUGCAAUGGAGUCUCUUAAACGAGACUUUGAUGUGUUAGUUGAUCAGGGCCUUGCGACUUACUCACAGAUAGAAGUACGAGGGUACGAGAUCUAUCUUGUGGAACAAUGGAUUUUAGAGCGUAAGGUUGGUAGUAUCCUCACCACUUUUACUGGUAACACCAGUCACUCAUUGCGGGCAAUAAAGUUGACGAUUGUUAGGAACCAGAAUCGUUGGCCAAUCAAGUUCAGAAAAUACCUAAAUGAAUUGGUCAAGUUUCAGCAUGCCAGGUUGAAAGAGUUCAAGGAUGAGGGAUAUUUAUUCGUCACCAAUUUGUCCAGUUUCUAUUCUGAUAAUAACUUGAAUAUUCUUCAUAUUGAUCCGAUAUAUAAUGACGCUGUUCAAAGGCACCAACACACAAAAAUCCCAUUCCCGGCGAAUUAUUAUCAAUUCGAAGCCAAUUUCAACUUAAAACGAUUGGGAUGCGGUGGUAGAUCAGCCCUUUUGUUUUCCUGUCCUCCAAAAGCAUCGGAAGAUAAAUUCAUUUCGAUGUAUAAGGUUCAUGAGCGGGUUCCGGUGAUGUAUGGGGUAAAAGAAUUGGUGAUGAUGGUACAAAUUGCCUUAUACUAUUUUGAUUCUAUUAAUCCGACAUACUGCGAUGGUAUUUUGUGCAAUAAGACCCUGGCAGCAAUUCUGAAAUGGUGCCUGAACAUUGGCAAGAAGUUUUUUAGCUCACUUCCUCAGGAUGGACUGUUGACACCCAAAACCGUCGCUGCCAUCCUAAGUGUAUUGAUAUCAUGUAAAUUAAGAUUGAAUUUGAUCACAUCGGAUAAUACUAAAGAUCCGUUUGAUGUUAUGAGCUUCAAGAUGGCGAUCUAUCAUUUUCAGAAAAACAAAGAUAUAGAGAAAAGUUGGUUACUAGAUGAGGCGACGUUCACCAAGCUUAUUAAUAUUACUGAUGAAAAGUUGAAUUAUGACAGUAUACUCAGGUUCAAGAAAGCUGUCAAUAAGACCGUCAAUGACAUUUCCCGAAAAAGUAAUAGGGUUGGUGAUGUGAGUAUUGAAACAGUGAACAUUGAUGAAUUGAAACUCAACGUGCACGGAAAACGAAUGGAAUAUUUGUUCUUAGGGAAAGGAAGACCUCAUAGAUUGACUAAUGUGUUAUUGGAUAUUUAUUAUGCGCAAAGAAAGUAUGUUGAUAGACCGGAAACCAAAUUUUUUGAUCAUUUAGGAACCGAAAUCGCCACCACGGAAGAGCUACGAUCACCGGAGUAUAAUAAUGAUAAAAAUGGCACAUCCAACCAUCACACUAUUGGCGGGGAACCUAACUAUCUGACUGAUAGUGCUCCCAAAAAUAUCCACACUAGUCCUAACUCAGCAUCGGCGAUCUUUAGGAAAACCAAUGGAUUACCUGUCACUAGUAACAAUGAGCUUCUAAGUCCAGACUCACAAUUUUCAAAACAACAGGACAUAUUCAGGCAAUCAGAUACUGCAUUUAAUCCGAUGAAUGUCAGCUCUCCAGAAAUCAGCUCUCCUUCAAUGUUGGGAUCCGCAGCAAAUUAUAUGAAUGCCAUUAAAAAUGUCGCCAAUCUGAGAAAACAGAAAAUCAACGACAGUUUGAAUCAAGUCUCGAAAGCGGCUAUUAAAGGGGUAGGGCUUAGUCAAAAUUCUAAAGCAACAAAUGAUAACAAGUCUUCGGUCAACAAUGGCUCAAGCUUGAGAAUCAAUACUGCAGUGGCACUGAAUUCCCCAUCUGAUGGAAUGCAUUCCGCUUCCAGUCAUCACACACAUGACCAUCAUCAUCAUCAUCAUCAUCAUCAUCAUCACUUCCAUCACCACCAAGCCUCCACUCCUCGCUCCUCUAAAGCGCCUGAUAUACUUCAGUCUCCCUCUAUUUCGAACAAUCCUUUGAGAAGUAGUGUUGGGAAAUUCAAGAACUUGCAUAAUCGCUCAAAAUCUAUUCCACUCAAAAUUUUGACCAGUGAUGAAGAUGAAUUUUUGGGAGACCAUGAUGGCUCACCAGAGGACUAUCCUAUUAGCCCGGAUCCAGUUACGCCUCAAACCCCAUUUAGUAGUGACUUUUUAUCAUUUACAACACCUUAUAAUGACGAAAAGUUAAGAUUAGCUCAAGACCCACACGGUAGGAAAAUUUUGAAAAAUAAUGAUAUUAUUACUGUGACCGGCUCAUUGAGAGAAGAUGAAGCUAACAGUGAAUUGAUAGGUGAUGAAGAAGAGGCCAAGUGUGGAUUCUACUCGGAAGUGUACAACAAACUUCAACGAAGAAUGUCAUUACCGCAAGUAGUGGAAGAUUUUAAUUUGCCAACUUUAGAGUAUGAUUACGAGGUAGUGGAAAAUAUGAUUGCCGGAAAGCACCAUGGAGAAUCGCUGAGACCUAGAAGUCAUAGUUUCAAUGGAGUAGAGCGGGAGGUGUUAAAAUGGGAUAAUCCUUUUGAAAUUCCGGUUGAAUCAAUUACUAAGGAAAUAUUGGACACAAAGAUUCAUUAUUUGUCUACUUUGAAAAAUGUGAACAACGAAUGUAUAGAUGUCCAGCAGCCCCCAACUGUGGGCGAUCAUCAGGAAACGACAGAAAUUUUCUCAAAAGAAUAUUCAACAAAAUCCUCAUCAGGGAUAUCAUUGGUGUCGAUGAAUAGCCCUAUACUAGUUCAAGUCUUCCGACUGAUUGCAGAAAAUACUGCGUUUAGCCAACUUAUUUCCUAUUUGAAUAGCAGCCAAAGUUCGCUUUUCCUCAAGCUUGAAUAUUUGAACAAAAAUAUCAAAAACAUUUGUCAAUUCAGGAAGAUUCUCGAUAGCAAAGUUAAAGAGGUGGAACUGAAUGUCGCCAAAUUGAAAUACGAGGUGAGAAUCUUAAAGAUUAGAGUGAGAGAUGUUGACGAUAGUGUUAAAGAGCUUAACAGUAAGGUUGAAGGAUUGAAAGAGGUCGACGAUAGUGUCAAGCAGCUCAACACAAAAGUUGAAGAAUUGAAAGAGGUUGAUUUGACCAGUUUCCAGUAA